AUGCAAAAAUACCAUGGCAAUCAUGGAAACGCGGCAGUGCGGAUGUGGCUCACCGUUGGUAUUCUUAUCUUCAGCUUAAGUGUGGCUCUUUCAUCACAAGCCGAUGCUGAUAGCAACAUUAUGGACCGAAUGGUUAACGAUGACCGCCAGUUAGCAAGAUUUGAGGCAAUUCAUCACGUUAAAAAAUCGGAAUUAGACAGAAAGAAAGAAGAGGACUAUGAAGAAGGGAGUUCCGAAGAAGAGGACUAUGAAGAAGAGAACUCAGAAGAAGAGGAUUAUGAAGAAGAGAGCUCAAAAGAAGAGGAUUAUGAAGAAGAGAGCUCAAAAGAAGAGGAUUAUGAAGAAGAGAGCUCAGAAGAAGAGGAUUAUGAAGAAGAGAACUACAGUGGUGAAGCUAAUAUAGCCCCAACUUGUGAUGACGGCGUCAGAAAUCAAGAUGAAACUGAUGACGACUGUGGAGGCAGCAUCUGCCCACAAUGCAUCGAUUCCAAGACUUGUAACGCCGCAUCAGAUUGUCGUGCCAGAGCUUGCGUAUCAAACAUUUGUCGAGCCCCCACCUGCAGUGACAAUGUUCAAAAUCAAGAUGAAACCGAUACAGAUUGUGGUGGCAGUAUAUGUCCCAAAUGUGCUGAUACCAAAACUUGUGCUGUCGGAUCGGAUUGUCUUAGUGAAGUCUGCUUAUCACAAAUAUGUCAAGCUCCCACUUGCACUGAUGCUGUCAAGAAUCAAGACGAAACCGAUAUAGAUUGUGGUGGUAGUAGAUGUCCACAAUGCGCCGAUACCCAAAGUUGUCGUGCCGGGUCGGACUGUGUUAACGGAGUGUGCUUAUCGAAUAUCUGCCAAGCAUCCACUUGCAUAGAUAAUGUCAUAAAUCAAGAUGAAACUGAUGUCGAUUGUGGUGAUGAAACCGAUACAGAUUGUGGUGGUAGUAGAUGUCCACAAUGCGUCGAUACCCAAAGUUGUCGUGCCGGGUCGGAUUGUGUUAACGGAGUGUGCUUAUCGAAUAUCUGCCAAGCAUCCAGUUGCACAGAUAAUGUCAUAAAUCAAGAUGAAACUGAUGUCGACUGUGGUGGUAGUACAUGUCCCAAAUGCGCGGAUACCAAGACUUGCGCUGUCACGUCGGAUUGUGUUAGUAAAGUCUGCUCAUCACAAAUAUGUCAAGCUCCCACUUGUACCGAUGGUGUUCAGAAUCAAGAUGAGACUGAUGUCGAUUGUGGUGGUAGUAGAUGUCCCAAAUGCGUGGAUACCAAGACUUGUAGUGUCGGAUCAGACUGCGUUAGCAGAACCUGCUCAUUGAACAUCUGCCAAGCCCCUACUUGCGGUGACGGUGUUCUAAAUCAAGAUGAAACCGAUACAGAUUGUGGUGGUAGUAGAUGUCCACAAUGCGCCGAUACCCAAAGUUGUCUUGCCGGGUCGGAUUGUGUUAACGGAGUGUGCUUAUCGAAUAUCUGCCAAGCAUCCACUUGCAUAGAUAAUGUCAUAAAUCAAGAUGAAACUGAUGUCGAUUGUGGUGGUAGCACAUGCCCACAAUGCAUCGAUACCAAGCUUUGUAGUGCUGCGUCGGAUUGUGUUAGCCGAGUUUGCUUAUCAAACAUCUGUCAAGCGCCCACAUGCAGCGAUGGUGUUCAGAAUCAAGAUGAGACUGAUGUCGAUUGUGGUGGUAGUACAUGUCCCAAAUGCGUGGAUACCAAGACUUGCGCUGUCAUGUCGGAUUGUGUUAGUAAAGUCUGCUCAUUGAACAUCUGUCAAGCCCCUACUUGCGGUGACGGUGUUCUAAAUCAAGAUGAAACCGAUACAGAUUGUGGUGGUAGUAGAUGUCCACAAUGCGUCGAUACCCAAAGUUGUCGUGCCGGGUCGGAUUGUGUUAACGGAGUGUGCUUAUCGAAUGUCUGUCAAGCCCCUACUUGCGGUGAUAGUAUUCUAAAUCAGGAUGAAACCGAUAUAGAUUGUGGUGGUAGUAGAUGUCCACAAUGCGCCGAUACCCAAAGUUGUCUUGCCGGGUCGGAUUGUGUUAACGGAGUGUGCUUAUCGAAUAUCUGCCAAGGUACUGACAGUUUUCAUAAGAAUAAAUACGAANUCGAUUUAGCAUCCACUUGCUUAGAUAUUGUCAUAAAUCAAGAUGAAACUGAUUUAGAUUGUGGUGGUAGCACAUGCCCACAAUGCAUCGAUACCAAGCUUUGUAGUGCUGCGUCGGAUUGUGUUAGCGGAGUUUGCUCAUCAAACAUCUGUCAAGCACCGACUUGCAGGGAUGGUGUCAAAAAUCAAGACGAGACCGAUAUAGAUUGCGGUGGAAGUACAUGCCCGCAAUGUCCGAAUGAUAAAAUUUGUAGUGUAGGAUCGGACUGCAUUAGCAGAACCUGUUCAUCGAAUAUGUGCCAAGCAUCCACUUGUAGUGAUGGUGUCAAAAACCAAGAUGAAACAGACAUGGACUGUGGUGGCAGCAUAUGCCCGCAAUGCGUUGAUACCAAACUUUGUAAUGUUGCACCAGAUUGUGUUAGUGGAGUUUGUUUGUCAAAUAUCUGCCGAGCACCCACUUGCAGCGAUGGUGUCAUAAAUCAAGACGAAACUGAUAUGGAUUGUGGUGGAAGUACAUGUCCCGGAUGUGCCGAUAGUAAGACUUGUAAUGUCGGGCCGGAUUGUGUUAGUGGAGUGUGCUUAUCAAAAAUAUGUCAAGCUCCCACUUGCAGCGAUGGUGUCAAGAAUCAAGACGAAACUGAUAUUGAUUGCGGUGGAAGUAAAUGCGGAAAGUGUGAGAAAGGAAAAGGUUGCAAUGUUGCCUCAGAGUGUUUCAGUGGUGAAUGUAGUUCGAAUGUUUGCCAAAUGUGCUCUUUGAGCAGCUUUGUCAAUGGUGGCUUCGAGUCUGGAAAUUCCGAUGGCUGGAUUGUCGGUGGUGGCAAACGAAAAUCGAUUCUUUCAUCUGAAAUUCAGCCGAAAGAUUAUUUCCCAGGUGGUUUACAUUAUGACUCGAGUACUGCGACGCAACAUUCAAGUAUUGUUAGUAGCAAAGAGGAUACUGUCCUUAAGAGUUUGAUGCCAAAAACUACACAUACUGGUAAAUACGCAUGGCGAAUAGAAGACCUAGACAAAGGGGGCGCUGUAUCAGUCAUCAGUCAGCAAAUUACUAACUACUUCUGUUUAAACAUCUAUUUUGCUUGGUUGGCGGUUUUGGAAAAUGGUAAUCACGUUGCAAUCAAUUCAAGUGUUAUGAUAAUCGAACUGAAAGAUGAGACUGUAGGAGAUACACUGCUGACACGUCGCUAUGAUGCUGGUGCAGGUUCAAACGGAGUUGAUAAUCGUUUCAAGCAGUCAAAAGCCUACUUCUAUACACCAGCUUGGCAAAUCGAACAUCUGAGUAUCGAUAGCAGCCGCACUGGUCACAACUUCACACUGACUGUUCUAGCAGCAGAUUGUCGACCAUCUGGUCAUAAAGGUUAUGUCUAUAUCGACAGUUUUGGUGGUGUUGCACCGUAG